CAGAGAUGGGAGGCAAUUGAGAAUCGGCGACGUCGAGACGCUUGCAAUUAGCCGGCGCUCGCUCUAUCUAGCCGCUAAUUUCGUCUGACGCCAUAGAGCAUAGAGACUGGAGAUGUUUCGAGAUGGAAUUCUCGAAAAAUUACUUAGGAGAAUUCUCCGCCGGUUGUUUGAACGAGAACGAUCGGUUUUUGCCAGUUAACCGGUUUAGAAUGGAGGCACGAUGCGAGGUGGUGGUUCGUGUCACUAGUCGACAGCACGAUCGUGAUCGAUUGGAGAGAAAUGUUAGAUGGAGAAAAGACAUGGAUGAUUCGAGGAAUGCCGGUUCGGAUAUCGUUCAUUCAUCUCGCGUCACGUACAUGAUACUUUGAAACUUUGUGAAUUAUAGUAAGACAAUUAUCGAGAUCAAGAUGUUUCGGAUCUUGUUGGUAUCUUGUUUUUUAUUUUUAUUAAGUGAGUAAGAUGUGUUAUAUACUGUAGUGAUUUCAAGAGUUACUCGAAGAGAGGAUAUAGAAAUAUUUAUGCUUCUGGCAUAAAUUUAUUACGUACAAGAGUACGUCAAGAGUAGGUUACAUUGAGGUCAGUAGUGCUCCACUUGAGGCGGUUCUCUAAUCGGGAUGAUUUAUCUCUGAAGGAAAUAAAUUAAUAAUAUUUAGUAACAAUAUAUUGCGCCAUUAAGUUACGGGUUUUAUUUGAUAAAUAUUUGUUUUGUUUAUUUGUUUUCUUUUUUGAAGUGCUGAAAUAAUUUACGAAAUAUAUAUUUUAAUUAUGAAUCAUUUACACAAAUCUUUACACAAAUAACAACAUAUAUGAAUACGUGUUCUUCAAAUAAACGAUAAUUAUUAGUUGUUUUCCAUUAUAUAAUUUAAGUUUGAAGCUUGUUAUGAGUUUGGAGAAAAAUUAAAGAAUUAAUAAAAAUUAAUUUUAUUUUUGCUAACUUAAAAUGUAUAAUUAGAGAAUUAUAUGUAAAUAAUUUUUUGAACAUUCUUUUACAAGAAUACAAAAUUUAAUAUUAACAAAGGUCCUUUCUGUAAUUUAUAUUAAAAUGUAAAUGUUGAUUAUUUUAAAAUCGAAGUAUGAUAGAAUAUAAAAAGAAAAAACUAUAAAAGAACUUAUAUUUACAAAGAAAUAAUGUUUAAAUGAUAUUUUAAAGAAAAAAAUAUCAUAAAUUCAAAAAUGCGUAUUUUAUGUGGAAGAAGUUGAUCGUAGCGCUAUCUAUUCUUAGUUUCAGUAGUUCUUUUGUAUUGGGGUAGCUUCUUGUAUUGACACGUACGCUGUUUUUCUUGUUCCGAAUUUAUAUAAAUGUGAAUUAAUCAAUUGAAAUAUAUUGUUAUCAAUUCAGCUUUUGUUAUCAAUUCACUUGUGACUAUUCAGGUGAUAAAAAGAAAUUUUUCUAAAAAGUUUUUCUCAAAGUGUGAAACAAUCGAAAAAAUGAGUACAAUAGCCGAACAACCUUGUUAUACCUUAAUAAAUGUUCCAACCGAUACGGAGCCAUUAAAUGAACUUCAGUUAAAACAAGAUCUUGAAAAAGGCGAUGUUCAUACAAAAAUUGAAGCUCUUAAAAAAACCAUUCAUACAAUCUUGAGCGGAGAACGCUUACCUGGACUAUUGAUGACUAUUAUUAGAUUUGUAUUACCACUGCAGGAUCACACUAUAAAGAAAUUACUUUUGAUAUUCUGGGAGAUUGUUCCUAAAACUUCUCCUGAUGGCAAAUUACUUCAGGAAAUGAUUUUAGUUUGUGAUGCUUAUAGAAAAGAUUUGCAGCAUCCAAAUGAAUUUGUUAGAGGUUCUACUUUAAGAUUUUUAUGUAAACUAAAAGAACCAGAACUUUUGGAACCUUUAAUGCCUGCCAUAAUUGCAUGUUUGGAGCAUAGACAUUCUUAUGUUAGACGAAAUGCGGUCCUAGCUAUUUUUACAAUUUAUAGAAAUUUUGAGUUUCUUAUACCAGAUGCUCCAGAAUUAAUUGCAAAAUAUUUGGAAGGAGAACAAGAUAUGUCUUGCAGGAGAAAUGCAUUUUUAAUGCUCUUACAUGCUGAUCAGAGCAGAGCAUUGGCUUAUUUAGCAGCUUGUUUGGAUCAAGUACCCAAUUUUGGUGAUAUAUUGCAAUUAGUUAUUGUUGAACUAAUUUACAAGGUUUGCCUUGCAAAUCCAUCCGAAAGAGCUCGUUUUAUCAGAUGCAUUUAUAGUUUAUUAAACUCGCCGAGUGCUGCAGUACGCUAUGAAGCAGCUGGUACUUUGGUUACACUUUCCAAUGCUCCUACAGCAAUCAAGGCUGCAGCUUCUUGCUACAUCGAACUAGUUGUUAAAGAAAGUGAUAAUAAUGUUAAAUUGAUUGUUUUGGAUCGUUUAAUUGCGAUGAAAGAUAGUCCUGUUUAUGAAAGAGUUCUCCAAGAUCUAGUAAUGGAUGUACUUAGAGUUCUAGGCUCUCCAGCAUUGGAAGUUAGAACAAAAACAUUAGCUUUGGCGAUGGAUUUAGUAACAACUCGUACUAUCGAUGAAAUGGUUCAAUUACUGAAAAAAGAAGUGCUUAGAACAGCUGGCGGAGAACAUGAAGAUGCUGGUCGAUAUCGACAACUUCUUGUUCGAACGCUACAUGCUUGUUCUAUUAAGUUCUCAGAUGUAGCAGCUACAGUAAUUCCAGUAUUAACAGAUUUCUUAUCAGAAAAUAACGAAGCUGCAGCUACUGAUGUUCUAGUGUUUGUUCGUGAGGCUAUUCAGCGAUUUGAAAAUCUGAGACCACUUAUUGUUGAAAAACUUCUCGAAGUAUUUCCACAUAUAAGAUCGGUAAGAGUACACAGAGCAGCAUUGUGGAUUCUUGGUGAAUAUGCAAAUACAAAGGAAGAUAUCGAAGCUGUAAUGAGUCGCAUACGAGCUGCAUUGGGAGAAUUGCCAUUAUUAGAAGCAGAGAAUAAACGUCAGGCUGGUGAGAAAUUAGAUGAUGGAAGUGCUCAAGUUACACCAGCACAAUUAGUCACAUCAGAUGGUACAUAUGCUACUCAAAGUGCAUUCAGUGCAACAUCUGCACGUAAAAAAGAAGAGAAACGUCCUGCAUUGGUUCAAUAUAUGAUGGAAGGUGAUUUCUUCAUAGGUGCCUCUUUAGCAACAACUUUAUCAAAGUUGGCGCUUCGAUAUAAAAGUCUCGAAACUGAUCUACAGAAGAGCAAUCAUAUGCAAGCUGAGGCAAUGUUAAUAAUGUCCAGUGUGAUGCAAUUGGGUCGUUCAGGUCUUCCUACUAAAGCAAUAACACACGAUGAUGCAGAACGUUUAUCAUUAUGUUUAAGAUCCUUGGCUUGUCCAACAUCUCUUGUACAGAAAGUUUUCACAGAAGGUUGCCGUGAUGCUCUUGGUAGAAUGUUAGCAGCAAAAGCUGAAGAAGAUUCACAAAACCAAAAAGCAAAAGAGAAGCCAGGUAAUAUCGUUCAAGUAGACGACCCUAUACAAUUCUUGCAAUUAAGCCGUGGUUCAGAUCUAACAGGUGGAGCUGGUGAUGUAUUCGAGCAAAGUUUAAGUGCUGCUGUCGCUGGAAGACCUGGUGCUAGCGGAGAUGCGCCAGCUCCCAGUGCUUUGAGCAAAGUUACUCAAUUAACUGGUUUCUCAGAUCCUGUUUAUGCAGAAGCUCUUGUUCAUGUCAACCAAUACGAUAUAGUACUUGAUGUAUUAAUUGUUAAUCAAACCGAAGAUACUUUGCAAAAUUGUACUUUGGAGCUUGCAACAAUGGGCGACUUAAAACUCGUAGAAAGACCACAGCCUAUUGUACUUGCUCCUCGAGACUUUGCAAGCAUUAAGGCAAACGUAAAAGUAGCAUCUACAGAAAAUGGCAUAAUAUUUGGAAACAUAGUAUAUGAUGUAUCUGGCGCGGGAUCUGAUAGAAGUGUAGUAGUAUUGAACGAUAUACAUAUCGACAUCAUGGAUUACAUAGUACCAGCAACGUGCACCGAUCUAGAAUUCAGACAAAUGUGGGCAGAAUUUGAAUGGGAAAAUAAAGUGUCUGUAAAUACAACAUUAUCAGACUUGAGAGAAUAUCUCGCCCAUUUACUAAAAUCCACAAAUAUGCGCUGUCUUACUCCAGAAAAGGCUCUCUCUGGGCAAUGUGGUUUCAUGGCCGCAAAUAUGUAUGCAAAAUCAAUAUUUGGUGAGGAUGCAUUGGCGAAUAUGUCCAUCGAAAAGCCAUUGAAUAAACCUGAUGCUCCAGUAGUUGGCCAUAUUCGUAUCAGGGCGAAAAGUCAAGGCAUGGCGUUGUCGUUAGGCGAUAAAAUUAGUUCUACACAGAAAGGUCCACAGAGUAAAGUGGUGCAAGCUGCUUAGAAUACAUAGUUUUUUGAUCCAUGAUAUUUUCAGUAUUCAUGUUAUUUCCAGAGAGGAAUAAACUUGUAAUCAAAUUUAUUUAAAGAAAAGAAUGCGUAAUGCUAUCAGAAUGGCAUGAUGUCAUUUGCCUUCAAUUCCAUAUACAAAAUUUUUUCAAAUGCCAGGAUUGAAAUAUAUUUUAUACGAUCAGUGUAUUAA